AUGUCUUCAUCUAAUACUCCUCACUCCUAUCCAGCUGGCUCUCGUAUCACACUGCGUCUUACAGGUGGAACAUCACUAUCCCUACAAGUCAACAAGCCAUUCCUCCCAUUCACCAAAUCUCAAGUCUACCUCGUCAGCCUUUCCGAACCUAUUCACAAUCUCCCUUCCCAAAUAAUCCUUAAAAUAUUCGACCCUCAGACCGUCGACGACCGCUUUCCGCCCCCUCAAACUACACUACCCGCCCACCCGUGGACACUCGAUGCCGAAACUGCCGCAGCGCAGUAUCGAGAAGACGUAGCGCGGGGAAAACGUCCGGAUGACUUUACGGUGGACCUUUUAUACGGAGAAGAAGAGGCGGAGCCGUACCUCUGGGAAGAACAUUAUUAUCGCCUCUUGAAAGAAUCAUAUGAGUCUGAGGUGGGCGCUCUUGGUCGGUUGGAGUCGUUGCAGGGAACGGUGGUUCCCAAGGUUUUUGGCACGGGGAGCGUCAUACCCCCGCCAAACACGCGCGCCAUCCUACCGCUCGGCGUGCUCAUAGAAUACAUUCCCGGAAUACCAUUAUUCGACGUCAAGCCGGGUAGUGGUGUGAACAUCCCUUUCGAGAUCGUGCAUCCGCUGAUCGAUGCCGUGAAGAAAUUCAAGGAUAUAGGUGUGUUUCAUUCUGAUAUCAACUCUCAUAAUGUCCUUGUGUCCCCUGUGCUUGAGGCGCCCGAAAGAGUUGUUCUUAUUGAUUUUGGGUGUGCGGGGGUGAGGGAGGAAGGGUGCGGGGAUGAGGAUUGGGAAAUGAACUCCUACACCAAGACUCGAAUUUCUUUGCCCCCGGUGCCAUAUCCGGUAUCCAACCGUUCAGGUUACUCCAAGGUUACUCAGUCAUCACAACUGAAAACUGUGGCAACAUCGCUACUGAUUCCAGAACGAUACUCCAGGCGCAGCGCUUUGAGAGCGCAAUCAAAUUACCUCCCGCGUCGUCGCAUCAUCCGAAAACGGUCCCUCUGCCACCUCCCUCGCUCAUCUCCUGUUCCAUCGUCAUCUCAUAUGAUGCCCACAUCUUCCCCAGCUCUUGUCAACAACAAACCCUAUGGAACCAAUAUGGAAGACUCAUUUACGUUGUUGUUGCGUUGUUAG